AUGCAUACCAGUCUCCUCGGCAACUCGAUGCGCAGCGCCGCUGUUUGCGCUCGCGUGCCAUCCACAAGCUUGAACCCAAUUGCGUUCCAAACCUCCUCGUUCUAUCAGACCAUCUCCCUCAAGACCCAAGCACGCCCUUCCAGCACAUCCACAAUCCGACUUCCCAAAGCUUCUCCCACACUCCAGAUCGCGUCCGCUCGUCGCCAAACACAGAUUGUAACACCAUGCAUCAAUGCCAGCAGCACAGUCUCCGUCCGCACCAACUCAACUACCUCCGCUUCCGCCCGUGAGGAAGCCGCCAAACUCGACUGGAACUCAUACUUCAAGCUCCGGGCUUCCCGCCGACGGUACACGCUUGCUUCCUCCAUUGUCAGCUCCGCAGCCACCACCGUGGUUGGUGUGCAGAUUCUCUCCAGCCAGAACAUCGAGAACCUAGGUGCGCAAGUCAUGGGCUUGGAUCCGUUCGUUGUUAUGGGAAUGGCCACGGCGGCCUGCGGCGCUGUCGGAUGGCUUAUCGGUCCAUUCUUGGGCAAUGCUAUCUGGGGACUUGUCAACCGGACUUACAAGAAGGCUUUCUUGCUGAAAGAGAAAGAGUUCUUCGACCGAAUCAAGCGGUACCGCGUCGAUCCUUCGUCGAACUCGAUGACGAACCCCGUACCCGACUACUAUGGCGAGAAGAUUGGCAGUGUCCAGGGCUACCGACAAUGGCUUAAGGACCAGCGGGCGUACAACCGCAAGAGGCGCAACUUCAUUAAAUAA